UUCGACUUGCCGUAGAAGUCGAUGUGCCGUAUAAGUCAGAAGGGGAGGUGUGUGCUCGUAUAAUUUGGCUAACAUAGAGCAGAAUGUCAUGGAAUUAAAUUUAAAAAGGAGGAUAACCAUGCCCGAAGGAAAAAUGUCGUGUUUACUUUACACAAGUGCACAUCGCUUCUGAUUGUGUCCCUCUCACCACCGGAAGAACAAGGCUUGAAGCGCACUAAGAAGCCGAAUCCUCCUGUCCGUUUUGUCCUACACAGAUUGCCGGUGGAGUAUUUGUCUUUGAAAGUGAACUGCGCAAGGCCACACAGCUCCAUUAGGCGGACUGAUAUACUACGACAGUUUAGAUGGUGUUCAUAAACGGACACACAUUUUAAUUUGCACAGAAAACAGAGCAGCGGAAACGAUGAGGAAGGACGUCAGGAUAUUACUUGUCGGGGAACCCAAAGUUGGGAAGACUUCCCUGAUCAUGUCCUUGGUCAGCGAGGAGUUCCCCGACGCGGUGCCUCUUCGUGCUGAAGAAAUCACCAUCCCCGCUGACGUGACACCAGAGCGCGUGCCCACACACAUCGUCGACUACUCCGAAGCAGAGCAAUCGGAUGAACAGUUAUAUCAUGAAAUUUCAAAGGCUAAUGUAAUAUGCAUCGUGUACUCUGUCAACAACAAGAAGUCCAUCGAAAAGGUGACCAGCCACUGGAUUCCGCUGAUAAACGAGAGGACGGACAAGGAUAGCAGGGUGCCUCUCAUCCUGGUCGGUAACAAGUCGGACCUGGUGGAGCACAGCAGCAUGGAGACCAUCCUGCCCAUCAUGAACCUGUACUCUGAGAUCGAGACCUGCGUGGAGUGCUCGGCGAAAAACCUGAAGAACAUCUCGGAGCUGUUCUACUACGCCCAAAAAGCAGUCCUGCACCCCACCGGACCCCUGUACUGUCCCGAGGAGAAGGAGAUGAAGUCGCCGUGCAUCAAAGCCUUGACCCGCAUCUUUAAAGUGUCUGACCUGGACAACGAUGGUGUCCUGAACGACCUGGAGCUCAACUUCUUUCAGAGGACGUGCUUCAACAUCCCGCUGGCCCCUCAAGCGCUGGAGGACGUGAAGAACGUGGUGAAGAGGAACAUGGCGGACGGUGUCCAUGACAACGGCCUGACGCUGAAGGGGUUCCUCUUCCUGCACACCCUGUUCAUCCAGCGGGGGCGGCACGAGACCACCUGGACGGUGCUGCGGAGGUUUGGCUACGAUGACGACCUGGAGCUGACGCAGGAGUACCUGCUGCCCCUGUUAAAAAUCCCCCUGGACUGCACCACAGAGCUCAACCACAACGCGUACCUCUUCCUCCAGAGUGUGUUCGACAAGCACGACAAGGACAGAGACUGUGCCCUGUCACCAGAGGAGCUGAAGGACCUCUUUGGGGUCUUUCCCUACAUGCCCUGGGGCCCUGACGUCAACAACACCGUCUGCACCAAUGAGAAGGGCUGGAUCACCUACCAGGGAUACCUGUCCCAGUGGACGUUAACGACGUACUUAGACGUGCAGCGCUGCCUGGAGUACCUGGGCUACCUGGGGUACUCCAUCAUCUGUGAGCAGGAGUCCCAGGCGGCCGCCAUUACAGUGACCCGGAAUAAGCGGAUCGACCUGCAGAAGAAGCAGACCCAGCGCAGUGUGUUCCGCUGCAACAUCUUUGGUGCCAAAGCCAGCGGCAAGAGCGGCUUCCUCCAGGCCUUCCUGGGCCGCAGCCUGCAGAGGCAGAAGAUGGUCAGAGAAACCCACAAAUCGCUCUACGCCAUCAGCACCACCUACGUGUACGGACAGGAGAAGUACCUACUCCUGCAGGAGAUCGUGCCGGACUUUGACUUCCUGUCGGACCGUGACCUCACCUGCGAUGUGGUGUGCCUGGUGUAUGACAUCAGCGACCCCCACUCCUUUGAGUACUGCGCGAAGGUGUACAAGCAGCACUUCCUGGACAGUAAGACGCCGUGCCUGGUGAUCUCGGCGAAGGCCGACCUGCACGAGGCGCGGCAGCAGCACAGCCCCGGGCCCGCCGAGUUCUGCCGGAAGCACAAGAUGCACCCGCCCCAGGCCUUCACCUGCAACACGGCCGAGCCGCCCUCCAGGGACAUCUACAUGAAGCUCACCACCAUGGCCAUGUAUCCCCACGCCCGGAUGUGCUGUGUGGGCACCUGCAACAGGUGUACCUAUUGCCUCUGUCAGAGCCUCCUCCAGUCAGGCCUGCUGCGGUCUGUAAAGACCAGGCUCUACACGGCUGUGAACAGGUGUUCACUCUCUUGUGUUUGGCUGCCUCUGUUUCUGUUCCUCUUACACCUGUUUACCUCCUUUUGACCGCCAGUGUCUAGUCUGUCCCCUAACAGGUUGGGCAUAUUUGUGCUCUCAACAGCGCCCUGGGGGCAGACGGUUGUGUCAGAAUCUUGUGUUUAUCAGUUUAAACAAAUAAAAAUUAAAAAAAAGGAAAUACUGAGCAGCCCCUUAUACUGAAAAGGCAGCCCCAGUUCCUAGCAGAUUUUGUGGUAUGGUGGUUAGUGUAAUAUUGUCUCAUUCCACUUAGUUCCUUGUUUCGCUCACUUUUAAAAAAUUAUACAAUGACAAAUUUCACGCAGUGAGUCAUUUAUAAGGUAGACCUGUACACCGGCUUGUUAAUGCAAAUAUUUGAUCAGCCAAUCAUGCGGCAGCAACUAAAUGCAUAAAAGCAUGCAGACGUGGUCAAGGGGUUCAGUUGCUGUUCAGAACAAAUGUCAGAAUGGGGAAGAAAAAGUAUCCAAGUGACUUUGAUUGUGGAAUGAUUGUUUAUGCCAGACAGGUUUGAGUAUCUCAAAAACUGCUGAUCUCCUGAGAUUUUCGCAUACAACAGUCUCGAGAGCUUGCAGAGAAUGGCUAAAAAACUAAAUCGUUCAGUGAGCAGCAGUUCUGCAGGCAAAAACGCCUUGUCAAUGAGAGAGGUCAGAGGAGAAGGGCCAGACUGGUCGAAGCCAGUACAACAGUGGUAUGCUGAGCGUCUCUGGACAUACAAUGCAUCAAACCUACAAGUGGAUAGGAUACAGUAGCAGAAGAAAAAAAAAAAAAAGAAAGUCUAAUGCCUAAUAAAGUGCUCACUGACGGUAUAUUUUUCAGCUCAAGUCGAUGGGGUUUGUGGGAAGGCGAUCUCAACUGAAAUGGGUCCAUUGGAGGGUAGGCCGGAGUUCACUGCGGUAGUGACAUCAAGCAAAACACGGCCGUCUGCCCUCCAGGUGCUGUUGAGGACAAACAGCCGCUUCAGGCUCGCUAACACCGCCUCUGUUGCCUGGGGUCUCUGUGCCGGGUUUCUGUGCAUUUAAGUGGCUUUCUCACUGUGAUGCCUGUGUGUGUGUGUGUGUGUGUGUGUGUGUGUCCGUGUGUGUGUCCGUGUGUGUGUGUGUGUGUCUCCAUGUGUGUGUGUGAGAGAGAGUUUUGGAAUUAGUUUUUAGCUUCUUUUUCUGUGGUGCCUGUCCCUCUGUGGAACGAAGCCUCUGAUCUGAGGGCCUGGUUUCAGUGGGAAGUGAGAUGAACGUUGGGGGGAUUCCCACACUUUACAGUCUGAUGUCUCUUCUGGGAUGGGCUGUGGGAGACGGGGGUUUUUGGUGAAUAUGCGGGUAAUGAGUAGUGGAAGGUCUGAGGUCUUUCUCUUCGGUACUGAAUCCAUUUUCUGGUUUAACCAUCAUCAGAUUCUAUAUUGCGUUUGACCAUUGACAAAAUCUGCUUGGGUGUUUUCCGUUAUUAUUGUGCAUUAUGCCACAAUUUUGGCCGGUUGUCAUGGUAAAGCUCAGCUGAAAGCUAGCGAGAGCAAGACGCAGGCCUUGGCCUGUGGGAAGUUGACCUUGGACCUUGGGUAGUUGACCUUGGACCUUGGGGAAGUUGACCUUGGACCUUGGCUUGGCCCUUAGGAAGUUGACCUUGGCCCUUGGGAAGUUGACUGACCUUGAAGCUUACCUUGGGACCUGGGAAGGUGAACUUGGGCCUUGGGAAGGCCACCAUGGGCGUAUGCGGGUGUAACGUUGUGUGGCAUCAAACGUGUUUCACACACUAACUCUGCGUCACCUCUGCGGCUCCUGUGACAUUGGUUGGUUGGGAUGAAGUGGGCGUUGCCUAAACACACACACACACACACCGAAUUGCCAUGGACACUAUCCAAGAUAAUAUUUCAAAAUAUUGCAUACUAUAUGUUUAGUACAAAAAAAAUAGGCUUAAUUCAUAUGUUUUAAGGGGUGUGCCUUGUUUUCUUUUUUAUAUUUUUUAUGAUUUGGUGAUUUUUAUUUUUAAAUCCCAAACUGCACACCUUGGGAUACGAUUCGAUGAGAACCACAAAGUUCUGUCAGGUGCCCCUCGCCGGUGGAAAGGCGGUAUCUGGGGGCCGUCGGCUGCAGCACGGUGUGUG